AUGACUUCUAUGCAUGGAAAUCUUCACUGCCCCGUCUGCCGAGCAAAGUGGGAUAAGAAUAAUGUACCUUUCCAAGUUCUCCCUCAACAGCAAAACAACUCGGGUGGUAUCCCUCCUCACUUCUCAUUUCCAUCGCAGCAGCUACCGAUUUGGCCUUACCAAUCCAUGGAGGAACUUGAAUACCCUCCUGAGCCACCUACCUUCUCUGAUGAUGAACCUCUCCCAUCCUUCACCUCACCUGUUCAAUCCUCUUCCCACCAGAAUAUAACACUUAAGACUCAUACAGAGUCCUCUGCUAUCUCUGCUGCAGAAUCAAGCCCAAUUUUUUCUGUCCUAGUCAGAAUCGGUGCACCACCCCUUCAGGAUUCUGAGGGCCAUGGUCGUACACCCAUUGACCUUGUGACAGUUCUGGAUGUCAGUGGAAGGCACAAAGCUUUCCAUUCUCAAGCAAGCUGUCAUGUUUGUCGUAGGAAACUUGGGGCCUUCAUAUAG